AUGCCCUCUGCUGGACAGAUCUACAGACGUCUUGUCUGUUGCCGUGUCGUUAUGGCAGACCCGACGGCUGGGCCCAUUCGCACCAAAUCCAGGAGACCUCGACGACAAGAUGCCCAAUCAAACGGCCAGCAGACGGAGGACCAGCUCGCCCAAGGCUUCGGCAUGUCCGGUCAGGAGAGGUCGUCAUGGCACCGGUUCACACGAAGCGAACACGACAUGGCGGACUUGCGACCGGUAUUCUGCAUGACCUCACAUGUCGCUUCGGUGUCGGCCAUUGCAGCUCUGUCCUGGCCACACUCGGCACACUCGAGAGGCCAGUAA